UACCCACUUAGGUGCUUGCUAUUUGCUUCGUGCCGAAAGUACCUUCUCCGGAGCUUGUAUCAUGAUUUACAGUCCCUAUCUUUGCCUGGGGAGCCGGGGGUUAUGCAUUCGGACGACGUCGAGUUGACUACCCUACCCGCCCCGUCAACCUCUGCGGCUCUCAAACGGAAGCGACCGCUGCAUUCCACGCUUUCCCGUGGAUUGUUUGCAAUAUGCUUCUCCGAGAGCUGCGUGCUUUUCUUUCUCUUGAUGUGUCAAGGACUGGAUAUUUUGGAUCCUCGGACACGUCUAGUGAAUUGGAGAUUAUCCCUCACAGUUCUAUUGUCGGCAAUACUCGUAGUUGUACCUCUAUGCUUAAACCUCAUACUCACUUACACGAUGGACCCGACAUCGAAUGAUGUUGCCGCUGCGUCACAGGCACUGGACAGAGUACGCUCCGAUUUGAUGGAGCGGAAGGCUGAGCUCAAACGAUUAAGGAACGCUCAGUCGCAGACGACAUGGCUCUCACGGAUGACAUCGAGCUUUCGGGGCGAUAGCCGUAAGUCCCAGAUAUCUGAAGUAAGCGGAUUGGAAGCGCUGGAGUACCAGAUGUCGCAGAACCUGGAAGACAUGAAGCUGCGCCAGGCAAACGCCCACUUCAACCGGACCAUCGUCGGAAAGCUGUUCAAUCUCGGGGGGCGGCUCUUUGCCCUCUAUUGCAUAUUCCGCAUCCUCAGUUCCCUCAUCAAUAUCAUCAUCCCGAUCAGAUCCCGCGAAAGCAAUACCUCCUCGCCUGAUCUCAUCACGCACUACCUCGUUCGCCUCCUCUCCUUCUUUCCCGCACUCGACAUCCCAGAGAAAGAUGUCGCGCUCGUAGCGCGCCAGAUCAGCCUAGCGCUCGUCGGUGUGAUAAUUCUGAGUAGUAUCAGACUAGUCCUGCGGGGUGUAGCCAGGGUUUUGCGAGUGACGAAUAGGAAUCUCGGCGCAUCACUUAUGUUGGUUGUCCUUGCACAGCUGAUGGGCAUCUACUUGUUAUCCACCUUGAUCCAGUUACGCACGUCGUUCCCGCCUCCUCCAGCUAGACCAGAUGCCGACAAUGCGCCGAGUACCGAGACAAAUAUCUUUUCGACACUACCGGAAUAUCAAGUUUUCGGGUCCUUAUUCGAUGGGUCCUUCCUCAUUGCAGCUGGGCUAACCGCUACGGCACGGUGGUUGAAUGACAGGGUGAAUGGACCAGGAUCAUGA